UCUACUGACAGUGAAUUUUCACGAAAAGCUCGUCAGCCACAACAGAAAAAUAGAACAUGUUCUAAUUUCAAUUUGAAGGGUGAACACCCAGGGUUUUUUACAAGAAAAGGCCUGAGGUUUUGAUAAGUGAGAAUCGGCAUAUAAAUUUAGUAUUUUUCGUAAUUUAGUUCAUUGUUAAUGCUGUCACUGUCAAUGUCAAGUGAGUUAUAAAAUGUGCUAGGUACAAGUAUUCGGCUUUAUAAAUUUUUGCUAUGCUACCUUUACAUUCAGUGAAAGUGCAGUCACGAAGCGGAAAUGUUUAAGACGGUAGCAGUGAUAUUAGUUUGUGAUCUUUUUCUUCAAGGAAAACAAGAUGAUGUUUUAAAGAAGUUGUUAACCGAGUUAAGUUACCUGAAUUAUUUAGUGAAGAAAUUUUCAGUUUUACAUGAAAAUGAGAGAAUUGUUACCAAUGAACUGAAAACAUUAUCAAAACAAUUCGACAUAGUAAUUGUUGUAGGCAAAUUAUCCAAUGAUAUUAUUUUUAAAGCACUUGCAAAUAUAACGUUUCAGGACCGUACAGAAAAUACAAAAUUCAAAGCAGUGCUGGACAAUCUUCAAGAAUCUAAUAAUUAUCAAUUACCAGUCACCUGUAAACUCCUCACAGGAAAUGAUUUGGUAUAUCCUGUUAUUCAUAUGCAAACCAUAUUUGUUCUGAAUGAGAUAUAUAUGGAAAACCAUUUAAAUAUACUGAAAAAACGUUUGGCUCAGUAUAGAUCCGAAACUAAAUACAAGAAGACUGUACACAUUCAAAAGAAUGGAAAUACAAGUCAAAUUUUAGACAAAAUAAAAAAUUUGCAAACAAGAAUGGUUUGCCAAAAUAACAGCAAUAAGAUUUCUAUUACAUUAGAAAGUACCAAUUUCGAUGAUAUUGUUGAAGUUGAAAAAACAAUACAGCGAGAAUUCAGUAAUAAUUUAAUUGAUUCAUAUAUCAUCAACAGUGACCUAGAAAACAUUUAUGCAGAUCCAGAUGAUCGAAUUCAACAGGCAAUAGAAGUUAUAGAGAAAGGCCUAAGAGAGUAUGGGCCGCACAAUGUAUUUUUGAGCUUUAAUGGAGGGAAGGAUUGUACCGUUUUAUUGCAUUUAAUUUGCACAGUGUUGAAAGCAAAAUAUCCAAACUGCAAGAGUCCCAUUGUCUGUUUGUAUGUACGAAGUAAAAAUGCAUUUCCAGAACAGGAUAAAUUUAUAUCACAGUGUCAAACGUAUUUUAAUUUGGAAGUGAUAACUGUGACAGGAAGUAUUAAAGAGGCGCUGAAUAAAAUACUGUUAAUGAAACUAAAUUUAAAGGCUUGCUUUAUGGGGACCAGACGGACAGAUCCUUAUUCAAGCAACUUAAAAGUUUUUCAGAUGUCAGAUCGAGAUUGGCCUCAAGUAAUGAGAAUGAGUCCGCUGCUAGAUUGGCACUACUCAGACAUUUGGGAUUACUUACUUUAUUACAAAGUUCCAUAUUGUAAGUUGUACGAUAUGGGAUAUACUUCUUUAGGAAAUGCUUCAAAUACAGUUAGAAAUCCCUCUCUGUUAUAUCAUGAUAUAUAUCUUGAUACUGAGAUAUACUUGCCAGCAUAUAAAAUGUUAAAUGAAAACAAAGAAAGGAGUGGAAGAAACAUAUGAUGUAAAAACAUAUAUUAUAGGUGUUUUUAAAUAAAUAAUUUAUUGUGGUUUUAAACAAUUGUUUUUAUUACAUUUUUUCUCCUGAAAAAUCAAUAAUCAGCUUUAAAACAAAUGUGGUGAUUUAACCAGUGCACCAAGACAUUUAAAAUUUAAUUUAAAAAAGCACUGAAAUACAUAAAUCGGGGUAAAUUUUAAUGCCCGUUUUUUAAAUAUGGUAAAGAAAUUAAAUUCAAAAUAUAAUAUUCAUUAUUAAGGGGGAAACCACAUCGAAAUUCAAGAAAUCGGGUUUUUUAUUGCAUAAAUUGUUAGUACAACUAUUCAAGAAAGCACUGCCAAAAUUCCAAAACGAAAUUCCGAUUCGUUCCGAUUUUAUGAGCUUAAAACCAAACGCCCAUCGGGUCAGUACUCGGUCGCAAAGCAGGUAAGGCGGAGCGCUUGUUCGGGUAGUCUAGUUACUUAUUAAGCAAGAAAAGAAUAGACGCAAACUCAGAAUGAUGCCUAUGAGGAAGAAUGACUGUUAUAUGGUACUGGAAUCACCGAUUCUUUUCUUUAUGAAAUUACAAAGAACAUGAACCAACAAUUGGGAUGCUAUCAUUUUAAGAGUAUUUUUUAUUCAAAAUAAGUGAAAAAAAAAUGGUGAAAAUCAAUAGAUUUUUCUCACACAGGUGUCAAAACUUGCAAUUUUUAAAUUUUUUACCAACAAUGAGGUUCAUAUUCUUAGAAAUCGUGUUAAUAAUGCAGGAAAACAUCCACUGUGCUUUUAGAUUAAAUAUGCGACUUCUACAUUUCCCGUGAACCAGCUCGGACAACAAACUUUGGUGGACAACAGCCCAUAACUUUGGCAUUUUCCACAUAAGUGACUUGAAAAAAUUUGUAAAUGUAAUUCAAAAUAUCGAUAAAAUAAUGUCAGUUUCAUCAAAUUUGUCCCACACAAAAAAAUUGA